AAGAAAUGUGGAAACACUGGUGUACUACAACAGGGAAGCAACGUGCUUACUCAGGUAAAUAGCCUAUACGUGGAUAUAACAGUAGUUUUAAGGAAGUAGAACUGAAGAGAACUUGAAAAACAUCCAGUCGUUUUGGAUUCAGCUUAUAUCGUGGUGAGAAUGAAGAGGGAAGUGAGUGCUGGAGUGAACUUUCUGAAAGGUUUGGCAGUGGAGCGUGGAGGUGUGGAUCAAAUUAAAGCCAAACUUUUUGCUUCUAAAUUACAAGGGCUUCUUCUUGAAAAGUUUACAGACCACUGGUACCCAGACAAUCCUAACAAAGGACAGGCGUACAGAUGCAUCAGAAUAAAUGACAGAAUUCCCUUUGAUGAAUCCAUAUCACAAGCGUGCAUGGAGAGCGGCUUAAAGCCAAAUGAAUUGGGUUUUCCUCAUGAGAUCACAAUAUGGAUCGACCCGUCGGAGGUGUGUGUGCGGUCUGGAGAGAACGGCAGAUAUUUUACAGUAGCUCAGUUUGCUAAAGGGGAGGAUGAGGGAAAUUACUUGAAUCAGGAAGAUACUUUUAGCCAAGUGGAUUCUGUGAAUCUGGAUACAUCGGACUACCACUCAGCGACCUCAUCUGACUGCGGCUCAGCAGUCUCAAGUGAUACAGAAGAGGAGGUGAAAGAGGACGAAACGAAAAAAGUGGAGCAGAGAACAGUGAAGAACACAGUUCAUACAACAAGAUCUAAAGCAAGGGAGCCUAAAGGGCCACCCAAGUUUCCUCCAGCUCAGAUCACUGGCCUGCAGUACUUUUAUAACCCUGCGCCGAUGUGGCCCCAGUACAAGAAGAAGAGAGGCGUGUUCUUCACGACUGUAUGUGCACCGGCACCUUCUCCCUUGUUUGCUUACUAUGUCGUACCCAACGCCCCUCCACAGUUCAUUGUGCCUCACGCUGCCCUCCAAACCUGGGGGACAGUGAAAGGGUAAAGAGCUCGAAACCAGUAUAUCUAUAAUGUGAGACAUAUUUGCCAGUCUGCAGGGAACUUUAUAGCUUAGCAUAAUGAAAUCAUAAACUUGAAAUAUAGUGUCAAACAUGUCAGGUAAUUAACUUUUCACUGAUUUCAAGCAUAUUCUAAUGAACUUUAAGC